AUGGGAAAUGCACAUACAAUAGAUGAGACUGUCAUGCUUCCUGCUGUGAAAGACAGCAUUUCAUCUGUUCUUGGAGAGAAAUUUGCAAAACAGCUGGACAUUGUUCCUUUGUUGAACAGCACAGUAUCAAGAAAAAUUGAAGAUGUGGCUUGCCAAGUGAAAGAAAAACUAAUGAAAGCAUCAAGAAAAGCAAAAUUAAUGGCACCGUUAACAGACAUGACAAAAGGAGGAAAAAGGAAAGACCUUCAGUGGUCCAAAGAAGCACUUCUAGCCUUUGAAAAGUUAAAAGUAGCCCUAUAUAAAAGUCCAUUGCUAUACACUCCAGAUUUUGAUAAAACUUUCUUUUUGAGAACCGAUGCCUCAGGAGUUGCAUUAGAAGUGGCGCUGGGGCGGAGGCGUCAGCUGCUCCCCUCUGCAGAGGCGCUGGUAGGCGGCCCCGGGGCAGCCCAGAGCACGGAGGAGGAACUCGGAGACUCCUCGCGGGGCCUGGCAGGGCAGGUGGCAGGGGCAGAAGGGCAGGCGGGCAGCCCCCGGGCCAGUGGGGGCAGCUGUGUGCGGGGGCCAGGCGUCCCCGAGCGUCGCGUAGGAGGCAGGAGGGAAAAGGAUGGAGACGCUUUGACUCUGAAGCAGCAAGUCCUGGCCUUUGAGGGAAAGUGCAGGAGCCCGAAGGAAAGAAGUGGAGGUGCCGCGGUGGACGCACGGAAAAGCAGGCAGCGCUCGUUUUCAGAGCCAGGAGUGCAGGUGCCUAAAGAGCCAGGGAGCCCAGCGUGUGAGGACAGAUGUGCAUCGGUGGAAUCGGGGUCUUGGGGAGCAGCAAAGAGCCCUAGAAAGAGGGGCAGGUGCUCUUUGUCUGAGUCAGGACCCCAGGAGAAAGAAGGAAGUCCUGGGGAGAGGGGUGAAAGCUUUUUGGCAGAAAUAGGCUUGUCCGGGCCUCUGGAUAAAGAAGGCAAUCUGGGAAAGCAAGACAGGCUGAUUGUGGAACCAAAGUUACAGAAACCAAAGAAAAGGGGUAGGUAUUCCUUAGGGAUAUGGCAGCCACAAGGUCCUCAAGAGCUAGCAAGCCCAAGAAAGAGAGAGAAGCAUUCAUUAGCAGUGGAGUCCCAAAGCUUAGGCCUUCAAGGAGGAGGAGCAAGUAACUUGGGGGUAGAGGGUGAGCACUUCUGCUCUGUUGUGAAGUUAGGGCUGCAGAGCACGGGCCUCCAGGAAAGUACAGAGAGCCCAAAGAGAAGGAGUAAGCACUCCUUGGUAGUACCAGCAAUGAUAGGCCCUUAUGAGGGAGCUGGGAAUAUAAUAAAGAGAGGCAAAUUAUCUGCCACAAACCUGCAACCAAUAAACUUAGGCCUUCAGGGAGGAAAGAGAACUAUAGGGAAAAGAGCCAGGAGCUCCUCUGUAAAAUUGUGGCAGUCAGGAUCCCAGAGUGAAGCAGAAAUUUUAGGGAAAGCAAGUAAAAGUUUCUCUGAGGGAGGAAGACUCUCGGAAAGCAGGAAGAAGAGUUCCUCAACAGAAAAAUGGGUAACUGAAUAUGUAGAGGAGAGGUUGAUGCCAAACAGGGUUUCUCUUACCGGGACUACUCAAGGGAACAGACAAGGAAAGCUGGAUAAGCAACAGGCUUCAGGGCAAGAAGUUAUUUCUGCACCUACAAAUGAUCUGUUCAUUAACAGACUAGAGGAUGAUGGUGAAAGACAGACAGAUGGCGAUGAAGAGACUGUGGUUUCAUCUGAAUUAAAAUUAAAGAUAAGGAAACCUACAAAGAGAAAAGGAAUGGACGUUAACGAAGUUCCAGAUGCACAAGUUGAAAAGCUGCUAGAGACUGCUCAGAAUACAGCAAAAGAAUCCAAUGUAAGGACAUCAUCACUAGUAGCUUACUCUGAAUCUUUCCAAGUACCUCAGUCAGAUGGGACUCAAAGUAAGAUAUCAGCAUCCCGUUGUUUAGCAAGAGGUUCUGCAGUAGAUUGUAAUAGAAGAAAAAAUAAAAUCACCAAGAUCAAGUGUUUACAAAGAUUGACUGUACAAACAGCUGAAAAUAAACUGACAACAAGCAAAUCAAUAGAGUGUAAAGAUGAGUGCAGAGAAGCCUUGAAACAGCAUAACAGUUUGCUGUCCACAGCAGAAAAGAAUCCAGUUGUGGCAUUACAUGACUGCCGUUACCUUAAUACUUUUGUAAAGUCUUCAGUUGAUGGAAGCGGCAACAGUUAUAAAAUUGAUAGUGGCUUCUUGCACAUACUACACAGUAAAACUCUUUGUCCUGGUAGCGUUACUGGACAGAGUGGUAUGAAUGCAGUGCAACCUGAGAGAUGGUGUGCACAGGGGAUUAUAUCAUUUGAUGAAGUAGGAACAUGCCAAAACAGAGAGAAAUGUUUUUCAUGCUCUCUAAACAGAAAUAAGUGCUUCAGGGAAAGAAAAUGGAAUAUUGGUGAAAAGCCCAGGAAAAAGAUGAAGCUUUUUGAGAAAACAGAAAAAUUAGCAACCCAGAGUGUUCUCCCAGGCAGGGUCAACAGUGAGUGUGAAUUACAUACAGGAAAUAAAACUCUUGCAACGGUUUCUUUGGAAGUUUUAGGGGAAUUAAAUAGAAAUAAAAUUUGUUUGUCAUCUUCAUGUGAUCUAAUAUCAAAUGCCCAUGUGGAAACUAAUACUAAAAAAGUACUAAAUAGUCUGCCUAAACCAGUCAGUAGAAAAAUGUGCAUGAAACCUGGUGCCAUAGAAGAUAGAUUUGAGAAGAAUCUUCAGCUCCCUGAAGCUGAACAGAGUGAAAAGUCUUUCUUUAAUGCAGAAAGUAUGGCACCACAAGAUCAUUCUAACUUGAAAAGUCCUGGAGUGAUUAGAUUGGUCAGUGACAUUUCUAAUUGCUGCAGUGAUUCAGGCAGUUGUCAGAAAAAAUUGUUGAAUGAAAAAUUGUUAAAAAAACCUGAGAAGUUGCAAGCAUCCAGCUGUCAAAGAGCAAUACCAGUGACUGGCAAAAAUGUUUGGCCUCGUGAAUCAUGUGCCAGGACUUCUGUAUGGUUUCCUAAAAAAGAUGUAACCAUCAUAGAAAAACAUUUUUCCGUAACUUCUUUCCAGGGCCGUUCGUAUCAAAACACCGAAACUUUGAGAGGUAUGGAUGUAACUGAUAACUCCAAGCAAUUAUAUCUGCAUAUGUCUAUGACAGAAAUUAACAAACAAAAUGCAUGUAAAAUAACAGAUUCUAAUACAGAAUGUUUAGCUUCUGUUGCAAUACCAGGAUCAUCUCUCUCAGAUAUUAAUGGGGCUUUGAGGGUCACAAAAGAUGAAAACUUGGAGUUGUCAUUAGACAAAGGUAGAAGUUCCGUGACUUUUAACUCUGACAGUGUGCAGGAAGGCAAGGUAACUUUAAAUUUGUCAGGAAAACAAAAACAAGAUAAAAAUAAAGGUGCUUUAAAAGCAAAAAAUGUAGCCAUGACUUUCCAAGAUAGCACGUCUGCAGAUAAUGUAGGCAAAAUGAUCUGUAACCCUGAGAUACCUGUUACAAAACAAACUCAGGAAUUUCCAGGCUUAGUGAGAAUGUUAAGCACAGGAAAUCUGUCAAAUUUCAAAAUUCCUUUACUGAGAAAUAAAAUUGAAUCCAGGAAAGUGGACUAUAUUAGAUCAUUUGAAAGAGAAACAUACAGUCCAUUGGAACUUCUUGACAAUUCUGCUGCUACACCAGUAAGGCAGAACAGGACCAAGGAGAAUUCCCCUUUGGUGUAUUCUGACUUUUUUCUGGCCACUGCAAAGGAAAAAGCUUACCAAAUCACCAAUAAAAACUUUGGAAAUGAUGGUUCAGAAAGACUUUCAGAUGAAAAAAAAAGACUUGCUGAACAUAUUUCUUCAUGUACAUGGGACUUUCCUGAGAGAGAAUUAAUGUCACCUACUUCAGAGGGUACUUCCGGUACUGAAUUUAGAGAGAGAAGUAAUGUGGCUGAUCACUCCAGCAAAACAGUUAAACAUUCUACUUCAUCUGAAGUAUUUGUCAAUGACGAAAACAAAUUGAAAGAGAAGCCUACACAGAGUUCAUCUUCGAACUUUCCAGAUGUUCUUAAAGCAUAUGAAGAUGACAUUCUUGUGAUAGAUGUAAUUCAGGAUGACCCUGACCUUUUUGGAACUACUAAUGAAGGAGAGUUUACAGUGGACUGUGAAACUGAAAUUAAGAAGCAUGAUAAUAUUCUCACCCCAGUGGAAAAGCGGAAUUUUACUCCCAAAUUCCAUAACCUUCAAGAAAAUAAGGACUCAAACUAUUAUCAUGGGUAUGCAAGAGACAGUCCCAUUCAAGAAUCUGGAACAUUGCAACCUAUCGCAGAUUCCUGUGAUUCCUUGAUAACAGCUAACGAAAUUAAUAAACAUGAUUCUUCAAGAGGAAGCAGCCCUUUGGGAGGUGUAACAGAGGAGUCUUCUGAGGAUGGGCAACUGACUGAAUCAGAUGAACACACAAAGGGUUCCAGUGUGGAUGAGAAGGACAGAUUUUCAGGCAAAUCUUCUGUAAAAGAAGAAAAAGACAGCAUUUAUGAGAAAAGCAGUGAUUCUGAGUGUGCAGAAUUUGAGAGCCCUGAUCUUCCACUAGGAUUGCAGCUGCCUUGCCUGGAAGUAAAAGCCCAUCAUGGAAGCACAGUACAGAAACCCGGGAUGAAUGAUUUCAGAUAUAUAGGCAAGUGCCCACUCUUACCAUUUCCCAAUUCCAACUGUUACGAACCAUGGAAAAUGGACAAAAGUGUGCCAGUUUCCCACUCCAUCCAGAAAAUCCUGGAGAUUGAAUUGCCCCGUAAAUAUUGCAGAUUUUAUUUCAAUACGCUGCGUGGCUGUGAGAGAGCAGAAUGUUGGUUUUGGCAUAUUCCUGAAAAAGGAGAUGAAAAGAUUUGCAUGGCAGUACUUCGGACAUAUAUAAAUAUUAACGAAACAAGUCUGCUACAACGUGCAGUCCAGAUAUUUAUGAAUUACUACAGAGAAGUUACUCCUGGUUUGCAUUUUGAUUUACAAGUCCUGAAUGACCUUCUGAUUGCUUUGCUCAAGCAUUGCUUGUUGAAGGAAGUAUUUCCGCUGUUAAACAUUGGUAUAAUGAUUAAAAGGCUGCCACCUAUUGAUGUGAUUCUGAAAGUGUUUGAACAUGUGGCUUCCACGAAUAUUAGAGAGGCUGUGCCUAUAUUAAUAGAUGCCUUUUGUAAGCUUUUUGAUGCCGGAAUGGGUUUUGAGUCUGAACAUUUUAACUGUAUUGUUAAGUUCCUUCACCAAUUGCAAGUUUCCAGUCAGGAAAUAAAUACUAUUUUGAACAUAAAAUCCAGGUUUCAAGCAAAACAGUUUAAAAAGAACUGGCUUUGUGACAUAAAUAUGGCAAUAGCUGAAAUUCAGCACUGUAAAGAAAAAAGUGACUGGUCCAGUUUGGGAACUUUAUAUAUAAAUGUUCGAAUGGGAUGUCAAAAUUUUGGUGACCUUCAAAAAUUAACUCUCUGUAUUGCUGAAAUACUAACACGAGACUCCACAGAAGAGAGACCAGGAGUUCCUUUUUGUGAGUUUGCUGAAACAGUUAUCAAAAAUCCACAACAUAAUGAAGGAGACAAAAUUUUUCUGGGAAGAAUUGGGAUCAGUGUUAUGUAUUCUUAUCACAGAGUACUGCAGUGGUCAAAGGGCAGGAAGGUUUUGGAUAAAUUACAUGAGUCUCAGAUAUAUUUCACAAGCUUAAAAGGACUUACUGGUCCUGAGAGGUUAGCAUCAAGAUGCCAAAUCGUUAAUGUUGCUGCAGAAAUAUUUCUUAAAAGUGGAAGUCUAGAUGGAGCCACAUGGGUAUUAAGAGAUUCAGAAUGGGUAAUAGAUACAGCAGUGUGGCCCUGCGAUAGAAUGGAUGUCCUCAGUCGACACAAUCUGCUAUGUGCCCUUGCAUGUGAAUAUUUGACUAAAAGCCAGUAUAGGCAAACAUUUGAAAUUUUGCAGAAUCUACCAGGUUUCCAAACUUGUUCUGAUGCUCUAGAUGUCUCCCAAUACAGCCUUCUUUUUAACAAACUUCUAGAUGCCUGUAUUGAGAGUAAAAGCCUGGGAGUAUCUUCUUCUGUAAUAGAUUUCAUGCUUUCAAAGAAUGUUCCUAUUGAUUUUACUUUACUGAGAGGAUUAAUUACAACAUUGGGGAGGAGCUGUUUAUGGCUUAAAGCCAGGACCUAUUACAAAAGUGCUUUAUCAUUGGGUUGCUAUCCACCACUGGAAGGAAAUUUGUAUCGCAAACUUCUGCUGAUUCCUUCUUACAUGUCUGAAGUUGAGAUGCUGUUGGCUAUUGAAAUAUUCCUCGUUUCAAAUGCAAGUAAUAUUCAGAGUCCAGGUGCUACUAGUCAGACACUUCAAAUCAUACUGAAAAGAUGUGAAGAACAUAAGGUGCAAAGUAAAGAUGAUUAUCGAACAGCAAUGGACAGAGUAAUUCUAGCUGCUCGUAUAUCUGAUCCAAAGCUUUUUCUUAAGCACAUGACUAUGAACAUUAAUAUGGAACAAGUUUACAGUUUGGAACAUAAUUCUGCUAUAAAAUGGCUGAAGGAAAACAUGAAAUGGGCUGGAAAAGUCUGGCUUUUUCAGUAGCUAUUAGUUGGUAAUGAUUUUUUUUUUUGAACUGUUGAAGUAAUCAUUGUUGAAAAUAAUAAAUAUCAAUAAAGACUGUUUCCACUGUGUUUAUACCCUAUGUCUUAUUGAUUCACAGCAACAUUUGUAAGGUUUCAAAUCGUAAAUUAUUCUUGAAAUGAUUACA